AUGAAUGUUCCAGUAAAGCCAAUCAACAGCUGGUCAAGAGGAAUCCAACGUCAUCUUCUGGUGGAACCGACCUUCGAAUCUCUUCACCCCCAACCUAUUUCAUUCGAAAUGGAAGUAAGCUCAAAUAUUAUGAAACAAGAGAUUCCUCGGAACCCAAUUUUUCUUCGCAUAUGUUCCAGUAAAUCCAAUCGACAGUUGGUCAAGAGGAAUCCCCUGGCGGCCGUCUUCUGGCAAAAUCCACCUUCGACUCUUGCCACCCGCGUCUUCCGCUCAACAGAAGAGAAGCGAAGCAACCAAGAGCAUUGUGUCAUUGGCGACGAAGAGCUGGACAAGCGUUCGUUCGGACAUUGA